GCUGCAGCGCCUGCACGGGCCCGGAGUCCAUGUUACGCUUUGUUUAAUUCCCCCCGCUACAGAGUCAUGUGCUGCUGCUCUCGUCGCCGCCGCUGCCGCCGCCCGUGGUGCCCCGGCUCCUCCGCCGCGCUUCGAGGUGGCAGCCGCGGGCGGGGCCGCGAAAGCAGGGUCCUGGGCGCCGCGCGCCUCCGCCGCCCCGGCACGUCCGGGAGCAGCCACCGCACGCCGCAGGUGAUGCCGCCACCUCCCGCCUCCGCCUAAGCCGGGGCUAGGCGGCCAAGCUGCCCCCCAAGGAAGUGCAGGGCUGUCUGUAACGUGCCGCCGGGUCCCAGGAUGGAAGAGUGAAGUCGCGCCGGUUCCAGCUCGCGGAGCCCGCCGGAAGCCAGUCCCCGGAGAGGAGAGCGCCCUGAGGGAGCAGGGUGGCCGCCUGGUCCAGGAAUGUUUACCCUUGCGGAAGUUGCUUCACUUAAUGACAUUCAACCAACUUACCGAAUCCUGAAACCAUGGUGGGACGUGUUUAUGGAUUACCUGGCUGUCGUUAUGUUGAUGGUAGCCAUCUUUGCAGGAACCAUGCAACUUACCAAAGAUCAGGUGGUCUGCUUGCCAGUAUUGCCAUCUCCUGUAAAUUCAAAGGCACACACACCACCAGGAAGUGCCGACGUUACCACCAACAUCCCGAAGAUGGAGUCAGCCACAGACCAAGACCAAGAUGGGCGGAUGACGAAUGAGAUUUCCUUUGGCGCAUCUGCUGUGACACCUGACAUACCUCUCAGAGCCACAUAUCCUCACACAGAUUCCACGGUUCCAAAUCAGGAGGCAAAGAAAGACCCAACAGGCCGAAAAACAAACUUGGAUUUUCAGCAAUAUGUAUUUAUUAAUCAGAUGUGUUACCACCUGGCCCUUCCGUGGUAUUCUAAGUACUUUCCGUACCUUGCUCUUAUACAUACUAUUAUUCUCAUGGUCAGUAGCAACUUUUGGUUCAAGUAUCCCAAAACAUGCUCAAAAGUAGAACAUUUCGUUUCAAUAUUAGGAAAGUGCUUUGAAUCUCCUUGGACUACUAAAGCGUUGUCUGAGACAGCAUGCGAAGACUCGGAGGAAAACAAGCAGAGAAUAACAGGUGCCCAGACUCUACCAAAGCACGUAUCUACCAGCAGUGAUGAAGGGAGCCCCAGCGCCAGCACCCCAAUGAUCAGCAAAACUGGCCUCAAAUUCUCAGCUGAAAAGCCCGUGAUUGAAGUCCCCAGCAUGACCAUCCUGGACAAAAAGGACGGGGAACAGGCCAAAGCCCUGUUUGAGAAAGUGAGGAAGUUCCGUGCUCACGUGGAAGACAGUGACUUGAUCUAUAAACUCUACGUGGUCCAAACAGUUAUCAAAACAGCCAAGUUCAUCUUUAUCCUCUGCUACACUGCAAACUUCGUCAAUGCGAUCAGCUUUGAACACGUCUGCAAGCCCAAAGUCGAGCACCUGACGGGUUACGAGGUGUUUGAGUGCACCCACAACAUGGCAUACAUGCUGAAAAAACUGCUCAUCAGUUACAUAUCCAUUAUUUGCGUUUAUGGUUUUAUCUGCCUCUACACUCUCUUCUGGUUAUUCAGGAUACCUUUGAAGGAAUAUUCUUUUGAAAAAGUCAGAGAAGAGAGCAGUUUCAGUGACAUUCCAGAUGUCAAAAAUGAUUUUGCGUUCCUUCUACACAUGGUAGACCAGUAUGACCAGCUGUAUUCCAAGCGUUUCGGGGUGUUCUUGUCAGAAGUCAGUGAAAAUAAACUGAGGGAAAUCAGUUUGAACCACGAGUGGACAUUUGAGAAACUGAGGCAGCACGUGUCACGCAACGCCCAGGACAAGCAGGAGCUCCAUCUGUUUAUGCUCUCAGGUGUGCCCGAUGCUGUCUUCGACCUCACAGACCUGGAUGUGCUAAAACUCGAGCUGAUUCCAGAAGCUAAAAUUCCUGCUAAGAUUUCUCAGAUGACUAAUCUCCAAGAGCUUCACCUCUGCCACUGCCCUGCAAAAGUGGAACAGACUGCUUUUAGCUUUCUCCGUGAUCACUUGAGAUGCCUUCACGUGAAGUUCACCGACGUGGCAGAAAUUCCCGCCUGGGUGUAUCUGCUCAAAAACCUUCGCGAGCUGUACUUGAUAGGCAACUUGAACUCUGAAAACAAUAAGAUGAUAGGACUUGAAUCUCUCCGAGAGUUGCGGCACCUUAAGAUUCUCCACGUGAAGAGCAAUCUGACCAAAGUCCCCUCCAACAUUACAGAUGUGGCUCCACAUCUCACCAGGUUAGUCGUUCAUAAUGACGGCACUAAACUCUUGGUACUGAACAGCCUUAAGAAGAUGAUGAAUGUCGCCGAGCUCGAACUCCAGAACUGUGAGCUAGAGAGAAUUCCACAUGCUAUUUUCAGCCUCUCUAAUUUGCAGGAACUAGAUUUAAAGUCAAAUAACAUACGCACAAUUGAAGAAAUCAUCAGUUUCCAGCAUUUAAAACGACUGACUUGUUUAAAAUUGUGGCAUAAUAAAAUCGUUACCAUUCCACCCUCCAUCACCCACGUCAAAAACCUGGAGUCACUUUAUUUCUCUAACAACAAGCUCGAAUCCCUACCUGUGGCAGUGUUUAGUUUACAGAAACUCAGAUGCUUAGAUGUAAGCUACAACAACAUUUCCAUGAUCCCAAUAGAAAUAGGAUUACUUCAGAACCUGCAGCAUUUGCAUAUCACGGGGAACAAAGUGGACGUUCUACCAAAACAGUUGUUUAAAUGCAUUAAGUUGAGGACUUUGAAUCUGGGGCAGAACUGCAUCACUUCCCUCCCAGAGAAGAUCGGUCAGCUCUCCCAGCUCACCCAGCUGGAGCUGAAAGGGAACUGCUUGGACCGCCUGCCAGCCCAGCUGGGCCAGUGUCGCCUGCUCAAGAAAAGCGGGCUUGUUGUGGAAGAUCACCUUUUUGACACCCUGCCACUCGAAGUCAAAGAAGCAUUGAAUCAAGACAUAAAUAUUCCCUUUGCAAAUGGGAUUUAAACUGAGAUCAGAUGUGCACAUCCGUGUGCAGGAACAACUUCCUAGAUUGCAAGCGCUCCUGUACCAGUUAUUGCAAGAUAAUGCAUUUUAGGAGUAGAUACACCUUUAAAAAUACAAGAGAGAGGAUGCAUAGAAGGCUGAUAGAAGACAUAACUGAAUGUUCAACGUUUGUAGUGUGUUAAGUCAUUCACUUCCACAUCUUUUUCUUUUUUCUUUUGGGGAAAGGGAAGGAAAAAUUAUAAUCACUAAUCUUGGUUUCUUUUUAAAUUGUUUGUAACUUGGAUGCUGCCGCUACUGAAUGUUUACAAAUUGCUUGCCUGCUAAAGUAAAUGAUUAAAUUGACAUUUUCUUACUAUA